ACCUAGUUGGCCAGGACUAAAGCUCCAGGACAUAGAGCUUGCACUUUUUUUUUUUUUUUGGAUUGCAUAAUUAAAAAGAACUCUCUCUCAUCCCUAAUCCAUUCUCAUUCGUAUGUCAUGGAGAGACUUACUAAUCAUCCUAUGGAAAACCCGCCUGAAGCUGAUUAUAUUCUGAUGGAGGACUACCUGGAAUUGCAGGAUCUUGAUAACCCUGCAUCACCUUCAUCAAGUUCAGAAAAUUCAAGUUGCUUGACCAGGUCAUCAGGUGCCUCUUUUGAUUCGCAAGACCUUGAGCCUGAAAUGGACCAAGUUUUGGAGCAGAGGUAUGCAGGUUACACAUUCACCGCCCCUGUAUCUCACAAUCCUACUGAAGUGGUUAUGCUUCCAGCUACUUCAGGUAUGCCAAACUUUUUAUUUUGCUGCCACUCUUCUUGACUUCCUCAAGCAUUCUGCUUGACAUUGUUUGAAUUUUAUGCUUUUUGCCUCAUCUAAAUUGCAUUUUUUAUAUCCUUCGAAAGUCUAAACACAUGAUUUUCCAAGCCACAGAAAUUACGUUCUUGGAACUAUACUUGUUAAAUUAUUAUUAUUAUUAUUAUUAUUAUUUAAAUUUGCUAGAACAACAUUCAAAACAAGCCUUUGCUGGUGAAUAGAUGGUUGGUAAUUUACUGCUCUUCCUCCAGCCUAUAUCGUCCCUGCUGAUGACACCCAUAUUUUCUGAUCAUUUAGUUGAGCAACAAUUGGUAAUUAGAAUUUAAUGAUGCAAAUUCAAUUGAACGUGGGGUGACAAAAAAUCUUAAUAAUCCUGAAGGUACAAUAAAUCAUUUAACCAAAGUUUCUCCACUUAACAAAAAGAAAAAAAAAAAAGGAAA